UGCAAACGGCUGGAGCAGGAGCUUCAUCAUCUGAAAGAGCAGAACCAGACUUCAGCAAACAACACGAGACAUCUGACUGCUGAAAACAAUCAAGAACGUGCUCUGAAGGCAGAAUUGAUAGCCUUGCAACAAGAAAAAGAGGCUGCUCUUCAACAGUGCAAAAAAUUAGAAGAAGAAAUCCAGGCAUUGCAUGUUUAUUACAGCUUAUCCAAAUCUUUGUCUGAAGGAAUGAGUUUGCAGGACCAGCUUAACUGCAUUUACGGUACUUCUGAAGGUGGACUGCAAGGCAGAGCAGAUGUUGUGACCCUCACCUAUUGUCAGAUUGAAGAUCUGGCAGCUCAGCUGCAGCAAGCUCGAUCAGAGCAAAAGGACACAGAGCUGAAGUUCCAGAAGGCCUUGGAGGCUUCACAGGAGGCUAACGAAAAAGUUCAGAAGUAA